AUGCCUGAUAGAGCUGAGAAGAGAGAACUUCGAGGAGAUUGUACUAUAAAGAACCUAGAACAUUCAGAGACGCCAUGUCAUCCUGCAUGGCGUGGACGGCUGCUUCGAGGGGAACUGUUGCUUGUUACUGCGCCCAUUUUUAUCUUCGCCUGUCCAGUCAUUGUUGUUGGUACAGUAGGUAUGUCCAGAUACACAGUGUUUUUUCCACGAAUGACUGCAAAAAGGAUCGAUGCUCAGGUCGAAGAGUAUCUACACAGUGUGGCUAAGGAAGUAAUCAAGACCAUAAACCCAACACUUCGUUCAGUCCGCACCAGUCUACUUCGAGAGGUCGUCCCGCGGGAUGGACGUGGAUAUGUUGAAUGA